AAAUUAAGGAUGGGAGCCAUGAUGGGCACAGGUGUUGGGCUGACCAUUGGCUUCAUCUUUGGUUCUUAUAGCAUCUUAAGAGGAGGUGCUGGCCCGCGGGGCGUCCUUUCAACGCUUUCUCAAUAUAUGCUUGGCAGUGCGGCAACGUUUGGUUUUUUCCUUUCUAUUGGCUCCGUGAGUGCAAUCCUGUCCUCUCGUCUCCGGGCUCGUGAAGAAUAA